AUGGAUGACCUUGAUAGAUACCACACAGUAGACAUUCUAAAUGAAUUAAAACGAAGAUACGCAUGCCUAAGUAAACCGGAGGGAAAUUACAUAUUUAUUGGACCUCCGGGAGCUGGGAAGAGCACACAAGCAAAUUUUUUACGCAAAUCCCACUGCUAUUGUCAUAUUUCUCCUGAAAAUAUUUACAGUAAUAUUAAAAAUUUGAAGAGAUCUUCUGAUUUUAAGUCAAAAGGGCUAUUAGACCAUGGGUCUCAAUCACAUGAGCAAUUAAUAGACAAUCUGGAACAAUUAAUACAGAUGCCACAGUGCCGAAGGGGGUUUAUAAUCGAUGGACUUGUCAAUUCGGAAAAUUAUUUAUCAAGGGUAGUAAGAAUUCUAUCCAAAAUGGGCAUAAAGCUGAACGGCGUGAUAAAUUUUGAAAUGGAUGAUCAAACGGCGGAAAAAAGGUUGAUAAAUAGAUUGGUUCACGAGCGAUCUGGACGUAUUUACAACAAAAUAACAAUGCCGCCGAAUGAUUCUGGGAAAGAUGAUAUUACUGGAGAACAAUUGACACAAUCCGCAAAUGAUAGACCUAGCUUUAUCAAAGAACGAUUGAAAGCAUUUAGAGGUGAAUAUUCGGGAAUUAUCAAGGGGUAUAGCGACAUAGGUAUAUUAAAAACUGUGGAUGCCACAAAAUCACCAUCGCAAGUAGAAAAAUCAAUAAACAGUAUUAUUGAAGAAACGGGUAGGAAGUAA